UUGAUAUAAAGUAUGACUGAGAACAUAAAAAAGACAGUUAUUCGGAGUCUUAUUGAACAAUGCAACGCGAGUUUUAGUUAAUUUAAAAUGAUAACCACUGAUCAAUAUGAGAGUGAUGACAUAUUGUCUGUUAAAGAACUAAAAUCCACUGUACGCCAAAGUGUCAAAAAUAUAAUUGACAAAGAAAAAUUCACGGCAUACAUAGCAAGUGUCAAAAAUCAAACAACUAAUGGAGGAAAUUAUUUAGGAACAUUGCAAACGGUGACUAUAACUGGAAAAACGGAAGGGGGUGAAAACAAAGAAUUAAGAUUAUUUCUUAAAAAUAUUAUGCAUAUAGAAGAUCAGUUCGCAAUUGUUGAUACUUUGGAAGUAUACCAAAGAGAAGGGUUUUUCUACAGAGAGGUAUUCAAUUAUUUUGAAAAAAUUGAAGAUAAAUACAACAUACCCGUAGAAGAACGAUUGAACACCGUGAAAGGAUACAGCGAGACAAAUGAUGAGGUGAUUAUUUUGGAAGAUGUUUCAUGUAAGGGUUAUAAAACAAGCGACAGAUUCAAAGUAGUUUCUCUGAAAUUUGCAGAAUUGGCCAUCAAAGAACUUGCCAAAUUUCAUGCCAUGUCAUUCAUUAUUCGGAAAGAAAAUCCAAGAUAUUUUGAGAACAAUAUAAAAUCAUUACGGCCUUUGCUUAAAUUCAACGAACAACUUGAAACUCAUUUGAGGAGAACAUGUGAAAAAGCAAUGGAAACUUUAGAUGAAACUGCAAAAUUGAAACUCGAAAAAUUUGUUCCAAAAAUGAUUGGAAAAUUCCAGAAAUAUAUGGUUGUUGAACCAGAUGAAGCUAUUUGCAUAACGCAUGCAGAUUUUCGGCCAGACAACAUAUUGGUGAAAGAAAUUGACGGAGAGGCUGCCAAAGUAAUUCCGGUCGACUAUCAAAGUGCUUGUUUCAGCUGUCCAGUCAUUGAUUUUUUAUAUUUCAUUUUCACGGGAACUGAUCAGGAAUUUCGAAAACACCACAUGAAGGACCUCAAGGACUUGUAUUACUGUACUUUUGAAAGCUUUUUGAGAAAAUUUGGUAUCGACGCGAAUAAAAUGUACAGCAGAAAGCAAUUCGAGGACGAUUUAAGAGAAAAGAUGGAAUAUGGCUUGAUAUCUUUUGUGAUUGUAAUGCCUUUUAUUUUCACGAUUCCUGGAGAUAUCCCUGAAUUGGGGAACGGUAUCGAAAACAUUGCUUUAAUUUUUGAUGAACGUUACAAGGACAGAUUGCAUGGUGUUAUUGAUGACUUUAUACAGUGGGGGUAUUUGUGAAUAAAUAAGAACACAUUGCAA